GCACGCUGCCACCCUUGAAACUGGGCCACAGCCAGACCUGGCAAGGGAGGAGCAGGUUAGAAAGCCAAGGCCGACUCCAAGAAGACCAAGCCUGGGAGCCCAAAGAAGAGGCGUCCCCUUUAAAUGCAAAUCACUCCCCGCGCUCGCUCUCCCCCUCACACACACACACUCACACUCACACUCAUCGCGGGGAGUGGGAGGCGGGGGAGCCCAGGCCGGACGCGGCAGCGGCCCAGGCGGGCCGGCAGCUUCUGCUGGGAUCUGUCCAGGCUUCCUCCCCAAGGGCACCUUGAUCCCUUUGGAACCAAGCCUGGCCACCCACAGACAUGGAUGACAAGAAGAAGAAGAGAAGCCCUAAGCCCUGUCUGUCGCAGCCUGCGCCCUCUGCCGGUGCUCUGCGCAGGGUCCCAGUCCCUACCAGCCGAAGUGCCUCCUUCUCCUUGGGCCUCCCCCACCUACCAUCCCCAAAGCAGCGGACUAAGUUUAAGCGGGUGACCAAGGAGAAGUGCCGCCCUGUGCUCGCGGGGGGAGGGGGUGCCCCAGCAGGCACCCCCUUGCAGCACUCCUUCCUGACAGAGGUGACUGGAGUCUAUGAGAUGGAGGGCGGCCUCCUCAACCUACUCAAUGACUUCCAUUCUGGCCGGCUCCAGGCCUUUGGGAAGGAGUGUUCCUUUGAGCAGCUGGAACACGUCCGGGAGAUGCAGGAGAAGCUAGCCCGGCUGCACUUCAGCCUGGACGUAUGUGGAGAGGAGGAGGAGGACGAGGACGAGCCGGAAGCUGAAACGCUGCCUCAAGAGCAGAAGAAAACUGUGGCUGACCGGAACUUAGACCAACUGCUCAGCAACCUGGAGGACCUCAGCAACUCUAUACAGAAGCUGCACCUGGCAGAGAACGCAGAGCCCGAGGAGGCACCCACAGCCUAAGGGGAGUCUUCCGCGGGGCCCUAUCAAACUUGCUCUCUGCCUCAGUUUCCCCAGGAUGGCUGAGGGGAGCAGCUGGCCUCUCUCAGAUCGAAGGGUAUGAGGAAGGAGCUUCGGCCCCUUCAAGACCUUGACUCUGUGACCUGGCGGUGGGCCUUGGAGAUGUGACCCCCCAGGCCUUCGGAUCCCAAAUACCCAGAGCUAUGACCCUGGCUUGGGACUUGAAGCCUCCUGACCUCAUGUGACCCUGACUUCUGACCCAGGUUGUGACCCACCAGGUCGAAUGACCUCACAUGACCCCAAGCUCUGAACAAGCUGUGCCCGCAGGCCCUCCGAUUUCAAAUGACCCUGGCCUCUGACCCCGGCUGUGAUAUCUCCAGGGUCGCCUCUCCCCUCCCCCUAAGUUCCGGCCGGGCCUCUAGCAGCUGAAUUAAACUUGAUGGACCGAA